UCUUUCUUUUAUCACUUCCCAAUCACUCGAAAAUGCAUGCGAUCGAUUUCAAAGAGAUUCAGGAACAGCUCUGCGAUGGUUUCCGUCCCUGGCAACGGUCGUUUCAGUUCUGGGCUCGUGCCUCCGAUAUCUACACCGGAUACAAGGUUUUUCAACUUAGAGUAAGCUUCGUCAAGGAUGUGAAGAAGCAGGAGGAAAUGUGGGAAACACAACAUGAACUUGCUGCUCACAAAAUUUACGCUAUGUGCUCUGACCUUGGUGGGUUCUUCCUUAAGGUUGCACAGAUUGUUGGGAAACCUGACCUGGCUCCAGCUGCAUGGGUGAGAAAACUUGUCACUUUGUGUGAUCAAGCUCCUGCAACACCAUUCGAUGCGAUUCGAAUUGUCCUCGAGAAAGAGUUGGGUAAAAGCAUCGAUGAUGUGUUUGAUUCAUUUGAUGAUAAGCCUCUUGGGUCUGCUUCUAUUGCUCAGGUUCAUCGUGCAAGAGUAAAGGGUGACAAGAGGGAUGUUGUUGUGAAGGUCCAACAUCCUGGCGUUGAAAAAUUGAUGAUGACAGAUAUACGGAACUUGCAGAUAUUUGCAUUAUACAUGCAGAAAACAGAUAUCAAAUUUGACUUGUUCUCUCUGACAAAAGAAAUGGAGAAGCAGAUUGGGUAUGAAUUCGACUUCAAAAGGGAGGCCAAUGCAAUGGAAAAGAUCCGACGUUUUCUUUAUGGUAACAACAGAAAGAGCCCUGUUUUGAUUCCCAGGGUGUUGCCUCAUUUGGUGGCAAGGAGGGUAUUUGUUAUGGAUUACAUUAGUGGAAUCCCAAUCUUGAGACUCGGUGAUGAGAUGGCCAAAAGGGGGAUAAAUCCUCGUGGUAAAAUGGCAGAGGCAGCAAAAUUAAAUAUACUUAACAGUUUGUCUCAAGCAUAUGGCCAAAUGAUACUGAAGAGUGGUUUCUUUCAUGCGGAUCCACACCCUGGGAAUAUCUUGAUUUGUAAAGGUUCAGAGGCAAGUCAUCAUCUUUUGUUUCUCAAUUUACUUACUCUGGUUUUGAGUUGUACUCUUGUUUCCGGCGAUCAGGUUGCACUGUUGGACUAUGGUCAAGUGAAGGAACUCCCUGACAACCUAAGACUUGGUUAUGCAAAUUUGGUCAUUGCCAUCGCUGAUAACAAUGCCUCAUUGGCAUCGCAGAGCUUUAGGGAACUCGGUGUAGUUACGUUUGCCAAGUGUGAGAAUGAGCAGCAAGAACUUCUGCAGUUAGCAAAAACAAUGUUCGACACAAAGAUGCCUCCUGGUGUAACAGUUCUGCAACCUUUCUCGGAAGACUCUUCGAUCAAAAAGAUUUCCGUUGAGGCAUUUCCAGAGGAACUUUUCUCUGUUCUUCGCACAGUAAUUCUGUUGAGAGGGCUAAGCGUAGGGAUUGGGCUUAAUUACUCGUGUGCUCAACAGUGGAAGCCUAUUGCACAAGAGGCUUUACUUUCUUCAUUACUCUCAACAGCUGUUUUUAUAACGCAGUGCAACAACAACAUUUCAGGUAGAAGGCAGAAGCGUCGAUGUAGCUCUCUAAGAAGGCUAUAUCCAGUAGAU